UUGGGAUACCAACGCUGGUUCAAGCUAGAUUAACCAUUGUCCAUCUUUCUCCUUCCUGCAUGUACGCCAUGGAACUGCAGAAUGAAGACGGGCGCAGGAAGAGGAGGAGGAUCAGUCCUCCAAACCAGAAUCCUGAGCUGUCGGAGGAGAUCAUCGUUGAGGAGAUCCUGGUGCGGCUGCCUGUCAAGUCCCUGGUGCGGUUCAAGUCGGUCUGCAAGGCCUGGCGCGCCACCAUCUCGGAUCCCAUCUUCAUCCGCGCACACCUCCGCCACUCUGCCACCAAACAGGAGCAGGACCCGUGUGUGAUCAUCAGCCCCUUGAUCAUGGACAAUGUCAUCCCAGGGGAGUCCCGGCCGAGCACCUUCUCCAACCAAUUCCGCUUCUACCAGUGGCAUCAUCUGCAAGCCAAUGGUGGCAGUACUCCCUCCUCCAAACAGACAGCGACGCACAUCUACACCAAGGACCUUGGCAGCGGUGAAGUUAUUCGUCAGAUGGGUUACUUUGCGUUCUGUGAUGGUCUGGUGCUCGUUCGCACCGACACCAAGCUCUACCUCUUGAACCCGGCCACCAGGGACUCCCUCACGCUGCCGGACAAUAAGCGCAACAAAUUGGGGCGAGAAUUCUGCAAUUCUGCAGGCCUAGGCCUGGAUCCACGCAGCGGUAAGUACAAGGUGGUUCGAGCCUUCUACCGGUCUCUUGAUAUCACCACGAAUGCCUACGGGAUGGGGAUGGAGGUGUUCACCGUCGGCGCCGGCCGCCGCCGUGCUUGGAGGAAGAUAGCACAUGAUGUGCCAUACCCCGUCUGUAGACAGCAGUCUAGCCUUAGUGUUAAAGGGUUGAUGUUCUGGCGCAUCGACAAAGUUCGCCAUGGACACCAUCAGACUCCGCCGCGGGGUCUCCUCCACCUCAACCUGGCAGAUGAGUCAUUCGGAGUCACCAGGCUACCUGACUCCAUGGACCCUGCACUGGACGAUACCUUCUUCAUGGACAUGCUACAUGGGGAGCUAUGGCUGACGGCGUGCACCAGCAGGACGCCGGAUACCUUGACCAUCUGGGCGAUGCCGGUGGACGACAACGGGGGCCAAGGCCAGUGGGAGCAGCGCUACUCCAUCGUCGGGUACCCGCUGAUCUUUCGCCCUCUGGCUCUUCUUCCUGGCAGUGGUGAUGGCAGCAGCCAGGUCUUGUUCUGGAAUCGACUGAGGCUCUACAGCUAUGAUCUGGCGACCUCGAUGCUGACGAUCGAGUGCGAGCUGGAUCGCAUGAGGUACCAGGGUCGAAAAGCACGCAAGUGGAAGAAUCUCUGCAAGUUCACUGCUAGGCUCUACACGGAGUCUCUUGUUCCUCUCACUGCUUAUUAGCUGAUAGAUGGCUUUAUUUGGUGACGAGGCCGUGGCAAGCGUGUAGCUUCUGUUCCUUUUUUUUUUGUUCAAAAUAAGGCUACACAUGGUGCACAUUCAGGAUCUUAUAGAAUGUAGCUUCUGAUGGCUCAAUGCGCGCUGUUCCCUAGUAUCAUUGUAUCGCCUUCAUUAGAGUUUUAUCUUAUAGAAUGGUGCACAUUCAAACGUUGUGUUUAUUUGGCUUCAUAAUUUUAUUUUAUUUGAGUUUUUUUCCUAGGCUAAAUCCUGGUAGGCUAUUCCUGACUAAACUCCAUGUCAUGUAAUUUAUACUGGUGAAAUUUGGAGGCAAGGGAUGUCACUCUGAGCUUU